AUAACAUUCGAUGUUGUUGAGACCGAUCUGAUAUCGGCCGAGUCCGGCUGUCAUACGCAGGCUGUCAUUGAUACUGUGAGACUCCCAUCGAAUCAAAACUCCAAACAUGGUGCUUUGUGGUGGAAUUGGAGCCUUGAAGGAAGUCGACGACGAGUGCCGAGAAGUGUUGGCGCAUGUCCGCGCCGAAUGCGAAGGUAAAGCCGGAAGACAGUUCUCGCACUUCGAGCCUGUUCAUUUCAAAACUCAGCUAGUCAAUGGAAUAAAUUUCUUCAUUAAGGCGAAAGUCGGGGAAAGCGAUUUCAUUCACGUCCGCGCACACAAAGCCUUCGCCGGCGAGAUCACCCUGUGGGGUAUCCAGGAAGGGAAAGCUCUUGAGGAGGAGGUCGAAUAUUUUCAAUGAAUCGUUUCAUUGUCCCAUCUUAUGGUCCCCAGUCGGUGCGGACGAUGUAUAUGAUCAAUAAAGGCUCCUAAUUCCUCUUUUAAAAAA